AUGCGAAUGCCGAUGCUCUCACCAGACGCCAGUGUUAUCGAUUCGGUCGCAGCUAUCAUCAUCAGUAAACAUACACGGUAUCAUUGGGCUGUCGCCCAAGACACUGAUCUCGACAUGGCCAUAAUCUAUGACUACCAGCCUAACGGCGAGCAUCGGCCUACGGAUAGAGACCUUCGUGGUUCCUCUGAGGGUGACAGAAUUGUAUGGAAUCAUUGGGCGCAGCCUUUUAUGGACAAUGAACUUAGCUUUUUUUAA